AUGGUGGUCAUCGUGGGUAAUGGUGGGGUAGGUAAAUCAAGCAUGAUCCAAAGAUACUGCAAGGGAACUUUCACCAAGGAUUAUAAGAAAACCAUAGGAGUAGAUUUUUUAGAAAGACAAAUAGAAGUAGAUGGCGAAGAUGUUCGACUUAUGUUGUGGGAUACCGCAGGACAAGAAGAAUUCGACGCCAUUACAAAGGCUUACUAUCGAGGAGCACAAGCCUGCGUUCUUGCCUUUUCAACUGUAGAUAGGGAUUCGUUUGAAGCAGCACAUUCAUGGAAACUAAAGGUAGAAAAUGAAUGUGGCGAAAUUCCAACUGUGAUUGUACAAAAUAAAAUUGAUUUGUUAGAUCAAAGUGUUGUCAAUCCCGAAGAAGCAGAUCUUCUAGCACGUGCGUUAGGGUGCCGACUCAUUCGUACGUCAGUCAAAGAAGACAUUAACGUAGCUGCUGUUUUUAGACAUUUAGCGUCAAAGUGCCUUGCAGAACUUCGAGAUCCUCGAGAUGGUGAUUAUUUCACACCUACCACGACAUUCCACGAUACCCUCACUAUCAGUGCCUUCAGCCCUAGUCAUUCGUCCAAAAACCACAACGGAACCAUAGUUCUUCGUCCCAAUAAGCAAAAAAAGAAGAAAAACGUUUUACGCAAUGCUUGUAGGAUAUAA